CUCAGGACUUUUAUAUCACGGCCUCGAUUAGCCUGAGGGACUAGGCUUGUCUGCGCAUUUGCAUCUUUGAAGGAGAUUACUCAUUAGAUAGAACUAGAUACAGCGAGAAGCAGUAUUUUCUUUGCUUUAUUUUGGACAUUUGUAGCUGAAUCCACAACUGGAAGAUCGUCUGUCUUUUCGGGACUGCUGGGGUUGUAGAAAUGGUCGACUAAUGACAUAUUGAGGAAAAAAAAUGAAGAGUUCGUUGAAGCGUUGGGAGUUUUUGCUUCUCUCCUUGUAUGCCUUUGCAUUCUACAUUGUUAUCAUCUGUCGAUCUCUGCAACUCUCUCAUGAACAUUUUCGGAGGCUAUCCGGUUUGCGGCGUGGAUGGAUCACAUAUCGGCUGAAUGAUCUUUCUGAUGCUCAAUGGAGAAACUUCCGUGGAAACUUACCUGUUCUUACUGUUGUUAUGGCGAUUUUCACCAUGGUUGCAAAUACUUUGAAGAUGAAGUGUUCUUUAAAAGAGAGGGGGAUGUCAAUCAUUUGGUUAUUUAUUUCCUUGUGCUAUUUGUCAUAUUUACAUGGAGCUUGCAUAAUAUUCAUCCUAUCAAUCGCUUCAGUUAACUUUCUUCUGGUAAAGAUAUUUGCACAAUAUAAGUAUUUCUUAUUUGUCCUGUGGAGUUUCAACAUAUCUUUUCUUUUGUGCAACCGUAUCUAUGAAGGAUAUCCAUUCUUCAUCUUUGGGCGAAGAUGGGCUUUUCUAGACAACUACCGCGGGACAUUUAGAUGGCACAUUUGCUUCAACUUUGUUGUUUUGCGGAUGAUAAGUUUUGGAUAUGAUUAUUACAGGGCAUGUCGAGAUUAUCAUUUUGAUGAAGAGAAACACAUUCAACGUUGCCAUAUUUGUUCUUCAGGAAAGGCAUGCUACUUUCUUUUACAGGAACGAAGACUUCCUAUCAAAAAAUUCUCAUUUUCUGUAUACAUGUGUUAUUUGGUGUAUGCACCCCUUUACAUAGCUGGGCCAAUUAUAAGCUUCAAUGCAUUCGCUUCACAGUUAGAUAUGCCGCAGAAAAAUGUCUCUGUUGGACAAAUGGCUUGGUAUGGGCUCCGAUGGGUCCUAAGCCUUUUCCUCAUGGAAGUAAUGACACAUUUCUUUUAUUAUAAUGCAUUUUCCAUCAGUGGCCUGUGGAAACAGUUAUCUCCUUUGGAGGUGUUCAUUAUUGGAUAUGGGGUUCUAAACUUCAUGUGGCUCAAGUUUUUCCUGAUCUGGCGGUACUUCAGGUUUUGGUCACUGACUGCAGGCAUUGAAGCUCCUGAGAAUAUGCCUAAAUGCAUUAACAAUUGCUAUGAUUUGGAAAGCUUUUGGAAAAAUUGGCAUGCUUCUUUCAACAAGUGGCUUGUAAGGUAUAUGUACAUUCCUCUUGGGGGUUCACAGAAAAAGCUACUGAAUGUGUGGAUUAUAUUCACAUUUGUAGCACUAUGGCAUGAUUUAGAGUGGAAACUUAUUUCUUGGGCAUGGUUAACAUGCUUGUUUUUUAUCCCUGAAAUUGUGGUGAAAUCUGCCGCUAAUGCAUAUCAGGUUAAGAAUGCUUUUGGAGAAUUUGUUCAUCGUGAACUUCGUGCAAUUUCUGGUGCCAUUACUAUUACAUGCCUCAUGGUUGCCAACCUUGUUGGUUAUGUUAUUGGACCAUCAGGCAUCAAUUGGUUAGUUUCUCGAUUCCUUCAGAAGGAUGGAUGGCCUGUUCUUGGUGGCAUGUUUAUUACAUUUUAUGUUGGAACCAAGCUUAUGUUUCACAUCCAUGAAGCAAGGCAUAAGCGGUAGUGUAUUUAGUGGUCUAUCUUUCAUAGAGAUGCAUCAGGAGAGACUGAUGAAUGUUACGUUGUGGAUGAAAGUAUCAGAAGUCUUGAGGUUCUGCAACUGUUAAAUCAUCUGUUCUGGACUUCCAGUAUACACAAGUAUUUAUUAAAUCAUGGCAGUUCAUUUUUUUUAUCCAUAUCGUCUUGCAACUAGUUGCACUUAACAUAACAGAAUGUUGGAAUGGGAUUCAUGUAGCAGACCUCAUAUUGGCCGUGUCAAGGCCUAGAUGAUUGUGAUGACCAAGUUGCAACUAGUUCAAUAGAAUGGUUAAUGGAUAAAAUCUCUCUUAUCUUUAGCAUUUGGAGAUCCUUGCAAUUGUUACUCAUUUACCAAUUUGUAGCUUUGACUAAUCGUAAAUCAUAAAUCAUGCGUACAACAUUAUUUCA